GGAAGAUGUGAUAGUUCACAUGGGAAUGUAACUAGUGCAGGAUAUGUGAGAUAGGUUCAUAGUACAUGAAUUAGUACAUAGGCAAGUUGAUAGCAGCAGAUUAAACGGGCGAACUGUGAUCAACAAAAGCGAAGGGCAGACCAGUCAGGCAUGGAGCUGCCGGAGUGCCCCGUCUGCCUCCAAACCUAUGACGGCGAUGAGACAGUGCCUCGCGUACUGGGCUGCGGCCACUCGCUCUGUGAGGCGUGCUUGACCCACCUUCCCCGACGCUUCCCUCAAACCAUUCGCUGCCCCGCCUGCACCCAACUCGUCAGCUACCCCCAUCCCCAGGGGCCCUCCGCUCUCCCCAAGAACAUCGAUCUCCUCAGGCUUUCCCUCUCCCAUAAACCCUCCCUAAACCCCGAUCCCAAGCGACCCAUCUCCUCCCCAAAAUUCGACUUCCUACCCCCUUCCUGGUCCGACGAGUUCUACUCUGCUUGGAAGGACUGGGUCCUCCCAAACAACGCCGUUUCGGCGGUUCAACCCCAAGCUGACGAGCAGGGAAUCCAGAGAUUCCCCUCUGAACUUCUAUUACAUGGUAAAGUUGUUUCGCGUUCUUCUUCUUCUUCGUUGCGUUCUCGUUUUCGGUGCAAGGAGAAUCAGACGGUGAGCCUUGUUCGAGUCAGUUCUAGUCUGCGGGUGAAUGACAGUGUGUUUGCUCCUGGUUAUGUUGUGCGAAUUACGGAAUGUUUGAGUAAAAUGAGGGAUGGGGAAAGGGCUGAACUGGAUUUGAUUUUGAGGGCGUGUUCCAGGCAGCCUCGAGUUUGUAAUUGUUAUGGGUUGUGGUAUAAUUCGGAAGAUUCGUGUGUGUAUUUAGUGUGCGAAAGGUGUUGCUUGGGUUUUGUGGAGAAGUUGGGUGAAUUGGGCAGUUGGCAUGGUUUGACUGAGAAGAUGGAUUUGGUGUUUGGAGAUGGGAUUUUGGGUUUUGCACUCGUUGGUUUGGAGAUAUGCGAAGCGCUGAUUAAUUUACAUUCAGAGGGAUUAGUUGCUGGUUGUGUAGGUUUUUCCUGUUUUCAUUUUGAUGACUUGGGUCAUGUUUAUGUUAACUUGAAUGAGAUUUUGGUGACAGGAAGGAAGAUUUGUAGGUGCAUUGUGGAGGGUGUUUCUGGCAGAAGAAGAGUUGAUAAAUCAGAAAUGGGAAUAAUUUGGGGUAAAAUAUUGAAAACCCAUGUGUUUGUAAGCCCAGAGGUGUUGUUUGAACUAUUGCAGAAAGCGGGCGUUGCCUUAGAAUUUGGGGGCUUGAGAUAUUCAGUUGGCUAUGGCUCUGAUGCUUGGUCCCUAGCUUGCAUAUUGCUGAGUCUUUUUAUAGGAAAACCUUUCACUGAAGAGCUGGCAAAUUAUAUGCAAUCUAUCUUUCAAUCAAGAAACAAAGAGAAUGAUGCUGAUCAUUUAGGUUCAUAUUUGGGUUGGAUGGAGAAAGUUACGUCUCUGUUGGAAGCUAAAAUUGGUUCGAAAUAUGCAUGCUUUCAGCAGAUUCUCUGCAAUUGCUUGAAUUCUGAUCCCAAAAGUCGUCCACUUGUGACUGAUGUAUGGAAGUGCAUUAGAGAAUUGAUAAUAAAACCUCAAUAUGAUAUUUUUGUCAGUUUGGAUGGUGCAGUUAAGGAGAACAAUGCGGGUUGUUGCAUGGUGCUUGGAGAAUUGUGCAAGUUCCAAGAGAAAACUAUCAAAGGAUUAGAAACUCAGAAAGUAGAUGACUUGGAGGGGGAAGAGCACAACGGUGUAGCUAAAGUAGAUCAAGUUGGGGAAUUGAGUGUCGACAGGGAUCUUUUUGAGGGCGUCUCUGCAGGCAAUUUUAAAGUUGUUGAUCUGCGGGGCCAUCUUGAUUGUAUUACAAGCUUAGCUGUUGGUGGGGGUUUUUUGUUUAGCUCUUCCUUUGAUAAAACAAUCCACGUAUGGUCUCUGCAGGACUUCACUCUUGUACAUUCGUUUAGAGGUCAUGAACAUAGGGUAAUGGCUGUAGUUUUUGUUGACGAAGAACAACCAUUUUGCAUCAGUGGUGAUAUUGGAGGAGGAAUUUUUAUGUGGGGCGUCAGUAGCCCCUUUGGUCAAGAACCAAUAAAGAAAUGGUACGAGCAAAAGGAUUGGCGCUAUAGUGGAAUCCAUGCCCUUGCUGUUUCUUGUGCUGGAUAUCUUUAUACCGGCAGUGGAGAUAAGUCAAUAAAAGCAUGGUCUUUGCAGGAUUACACCUUGUCCUGUGCAAUGAAUGGUCAUAAGUCAGUAGUGUCCACGUUGGCAGUUUAUGAAGGGAUUCUUUAUAGUGGAAGUUGGGAUGGAACUGUUCGAUUAUGGUCUUUAAAUGAUCACAGUCCUCUGACAGUUUUAGGUGAAGAGGCAUCUGGAAAUGUAGCUUCUGUCAGGUCACUUACUGCCAAUCGGCAUGUGCUUGUCGUGGCUUAUGAGAAUGGAAAUAUAAAGAUCUGGAGAAAUGAUGUCUUUAUGAGAUCUACACAACUUCAUACUGGUGCAAUUUUUGCGGUUGGCAUGGAGGGGAAAUGGUUGUUUACAGGAGGAUGGGAUGAGAUUCUCGAUGUACAGGAAUUAUCUGGAGAUGAGUUUCACAUAGAUGCUAUUCCUGUUGGAUCUAUUUCUUGUGAGUCUGUCAUAACAGCUCUAUUAUAUUGGCAAGGAAACCUUUUUGUUGGCUUUGCUGAUAGACUGAUCAAGGAAAAUUUGGGUCGUCUUAGAAAAGGCUGGAGUGAUAUUACGAGCUUAAACCACUGGGUGGUCAGGGACUACUACCGUCUCGUCAGCUCUGUCAAUGCGCUGGAGCCACGGAUUCAGGGUCUCGCUGAUGACCAGCUGACUGCAAAAACGGGGGAGUUCCGGCACCGGCUUAAACAUGGGGAGACAAUUGCAGAUAUUCAAGCUGAGGUAUUUGCUGUUGUCCGUGAAGCUGCUAGAAGAAAGCUUGGGAUGCGCCAUUUUGAUGUGCAGAUCAUUGGUGGAGCUGUGCUACAUGAUGGGUCCAUUGCUGAGAUGAAGACAGGUGAAGGAAAAACCUUGGUUUCCACAUUAGCGGCAUAUCUUAAUGCCCUAUCUGGUGAAGGUGUUCAUGUGGUAACUGUCAAUGAUUACCUGGCCCAACGUGAUGCUGAGUGGAUGGGUCGUGUUCAUAGGUUCCUUGGGCUUUCAGUGGGUCUUAUUCAAAGGGGAAUGACAGCUGAGGAGAGGAGAUUGAACUAUAGAUGUGAUAUAACAUACACCAAUAAUUCCGAACUUGGUUUUGAUUAUCUCCGAGAUAAUCUUGCUGGAAAUAGUGGGCAACUUGUGAUGAGAUGGCCAAAGCCAUUUCAUUUUGCAAUAGUCGAUGAAGUUGAUUCAGUCCUUAUAGAUGAAGGAAGAAAUCCUUUGUUAAUAAGUGGUGAGGCCAGUAAGGAUGCUGCACGAUACCCAGUUGCUGCCAAAGUGGCUGAGCUGCUUGUAAGAGGUCUCCAUUACAGUGUGGAGCUUAAGGAUAAUUCAGUGGAGUUGACUGAGGAAGGAAUUGCACUUGCUGAGAGUGCUCUUGAAACAAAUGACCUAUGGGAUGAAAAUGACCCUUGGGCUAGAUUUGUGAUAAAUGCCUUGAAGGCAAAAGAGUUCUAUCGACGGGAUGUCCAAUACAUUGUUAGAAAUGGGAAGGCCCUCAUAAUCAAUGAGUUGACAGGCAGAGUAGAAGAGAAAAGAAGAUGGUCCGAGGGAAUUCACCAGGCUGUAGAGGCUAAAGAAGGUCUGAAGAUUCAGGCCGAUUCAGUUGUUGUGGCACAAAUAACAUACCAAUCACUAUUCAAGCUCUACCCAAAGCUGUCAGGAAUGACUGGUACUGCAAAAACUGAAGAGAAAGAGUUCUUGAAAAUGUUUCAGAUGCCUGUUAUUGAAGUUCCUACAAAUCUGCCAAAUAUUCGUAAAGAUUUACCCAUCCAAGCUUUUGCCACUGCACGAGGGAAAUGGGAGUAUGUUCGUGAUGAAGUUGAAUACAUGUUUAGACAGGGCCGUCCUGUUUUAGUUGGGACAACUAGUGUGGAGAAUUCUGAAUAUUUGUCUGAUUUGCUGAAGGAAUGGAAAAUCCCCCACAAUGUCCUCAAUGCACGGCCCAAGUAUGCUGCAAGAGAGGCUGAAAUUGUUGCCCAAGCAGGGCGAAAAUAUGCCAUCACCCUUUCUACGAAUAUGGCUGGCAGAGGCACUGACAUAAUACUUGGAGGAAAUCCAAAAAUGCUUGCAAAAGAAGUUAUAGAAGACAGCUUGCUUUCAUUUAUGACACAAGAAUCUCCUGAUGCUGAAGAUGAUGGGGAGCUUGCUUCAGAAAAGGUACUACCGAAGAUAAAGGUUGGACCAUCCUCACUGGCUUUGCUGGCUAGGUCAGCCCUCAUGGCUAGAUAUGUAUGCAAAAGUGAGGGUAAGAGGUGGACCUAUCGUGAAGCAAAGUCCAUUAUCUCAGAGUCCAUACAAAUGAGUCAGUCAAUGGAUUUGGAAGAGCUAAAGAAGCUUGCUGAUGAACAGUGUGAGAUGUACCCCCUUGGGCCUACCAUAGCCCUCGCUUAUCUGUCAGUAUUGAAGGAUUGUGAAGUACACUGUCUGAAUGAAGGUUCUGAAGUGAAAAGUUUGGGGGGCCUCCAUGUGAUAGGGACAUCUUUGCAUGAAUCCCGGAGAAUAGAUAACCAGCUUCGUGGUAGAGCAGGCAGGCAAGGGGAUCCUGGAUCAACCCGAUUUAUGGUGAGCUUGCAGGAUGAGAUGUUUCAAAAGUUUAAUUUUGACACAGAGUGGGCCGUAAAACUUAUAUCAAAGAUUACAAAUGACGAAGAUAUACCAAUUGAAGGUGACGCAAUUGUAAAACAGCUUUUAGCCCUGCAAAUCAAUGCGGAGAAGUACUUCUUUGGUAUAAGAAAGAGCUUGGUUGAGUUCGAUGAAGUGUUGGAGGUGCAAAGAAAGCAUGUUUAUGAUCUCAGGCAAUUGAUUUUAACUGGUGAUAUGGAAAGUUGUUCACAACAGAUAUUCCAGUACAUGCAAGCAGUGGUAGAUGAAAUCGUCUUUGGAAGUGUUGAUCCAGUGAAGCAUCCAAGUAGGUGGAGCUUGAGUAAACUUUUAAAAGAGUUUUUGGGUAUUGGAGGAAAACUACUAAGUGAUUCAUUUGCAGGGAUAACAGAGGAAACUUUACUUAGGUCUCUUACUCAACUUCAUGAAUUGAGUUCAGUAGAUGUUAACAACUUCUACCUUCCAAGCUUGCCAACUCCUCCAAAUGUUUUCAAAGGAAUUCGCAAGAAAAGCUCUUCGUUGAAACGUUGGCUUGACAUAUGCUCUGAUGACUCGGCUAAGGAUGGAAGGUAUCGAUCAACCUCCAAUCUUCUUCGAAAAUACCUUGGAGAUUUUCUAAUUGCUUCAUAUUUAGAUGUUGUGCAAGAAUCAGGCAAUGAUUAUACGUAUGUGAAGGAAAUAGAGAGAGAAGUCCUUGUAAAGACUCUGGAUUGCUUCUGGAGGGAUCAUCUUGUAAACAUGAACAGGCUUAGUUCAGCGGUGAAUGUAAGGAGUUUUGGGCACAGGAAUCCUCUUGAGGAGUACAAAAUUGAUGGUUGUCGAUUUUUCAUCUCAAUGCUCAGCGCAACUCGAAGGUUAACUGUAGAAUCACUCCUCCGGUACUGGUCAUCCCCAAUGGAGUCUCAAGAAAUAUUUGUAUCAUAAGAGAAGAAUGGUUUCCAAGUUAAAUGUGUUCCUAAAAUUUUUGCCUUCUACAGCUACAGGUACCUAUCAUUUUUUCAUGUACAACAUGGUAUCUGUACCUUCAAUAUUUAUGUAAUUAUGUUUGACAAAAAUCAUUUUU